ACCUGGAAAGUAACAAAAUCCAAUUACCGGGGACUGAGGAUUAGGUUCCUUUUAAAAGCCUGAUUUUGACAUCUGCCAUUUUCAGUCAAGUUGUCCACUAUAAAGAUAUACAUACAUAAACAAAUACAAAAACAAAUACAAAUACAAAUACAAAUACAGCCUCCUCUCUCAAUAAAUGCUGGAAUUUACUUCUUUUAACUAACUCUACAGUGCCCUGCAUUUUCCUGAUUCAACUUUUCAAAUCAUUUUAUUGAUCGGCGCGCCAUGGGAGAAGCUCAACAUCUGCCGUCAGAAAUCAACGGUCCAAAAACAGAAGCGGCGAUAUCCCCAAACAACAACACGACGUCGUCUUCUUCCUCGCCGAGUUUCAUACAGUACAAAUGGUGGAUUCAAAUGCUAAUCUACGCCUUCUUCGUCAUCGCCGGACAAUCAGCCGGCACACUCCUCGGCAGAUUAUACUUCGACAAAGGCGGAAGCAGCAAAUGGCUGGCCACGUUGGUACAAGUCGUCGGCUUCCCAGUUCUUCUCCCCUUUCAACUCCUGAAUAAAAACAACCACAUCACCACCGGAACAAGCACCACGCCGCCGCCUAAAAAACCUUUCCCCUACGCUCUCGUCGGAUUCUACAUAACCAUCGGCGUUUUUCUCGCCGCGGAUUGCAUGUUGUACUCAAUCGGACUCCAGUAUCUCCCGGUGACCACUUAUACCCUAAUUUGCGCCACCCAAUUAGGGUUCAACGCGGUCUUCUCUUUCUUCCUCAACAAACAGAAGUUCACUCCGUACAUAUUCAAUUCCCUCGUUCUCCUCACCAUUUCCUCUGUUCUCCUCGUCUUCCAAACCGACACCGGAGAUUCCAACAAAGCGUCGAAAAGCAAGUUCACCAUAGGCUUCCUGUGCACCCUCGCCGCCUCCGCAGGGUACGCUCUGAUGCUCUCCCUAACGCAGCUCGCGUUUCAGAGGAUCAUAAAGAAGGAGACGCUUCGCGCCGUCGUCGAUCUGACGGUGUACCAGAGCUUGGUCGCCACGUGUGCGAUUCUGAUUGGGCUGUUCGCGAGUGGGGAUUGGGGGAAGCUGAGUGCAGAGAUGGAGGGUUAUAAAUCAGGGCGCGUGUCCUACGUGAUGAACCUGUUCUGGACGGCGGUUUCGUGGCAGGUUUUCAGCGUCGGCUGCACUGGUUUGAUUUUCCAGGUCUCGUCGCUGUUUUCGAAUGUGAUUAGUAUUUUAGGUUUACCGGUGGCGCCGGUUUUGGCGGUGAUUUUUCUCCGGGAUAAGCUCACCGGAGUGAAGGCGGUGGCGAUGCUGCUGGCGAUUUGGGGGUUUGUUUCUUAUAUGUAUCAGCAUUACAUUGAUGAUUUGAAGAUCAAGGAAGAAAAUAAGAGAUUUUGUGAUGAUGAUGAUGAUGAACACGUUUCUGAAGUUGGUCUUGUAAACUGAAAGAUGAUAGCUAAUAUUAAUUACGAUAAAUUACAAUCACCUCCCUCAGGCAAAAAGUAAUUACAAAAAAAUCCUUAUAUUGUUUUAUAAAUGACAUUUAGACCCUUGUAGUUUGUAAAAUUCUUACAUCCAUCCCCAUACAAAUGGUUGUUAAUGUAAUAAAUCUAUAAAUGUCAUGGGAUGGAUGUAAUUAUAAAACAAUAAGAGGUGUUCUUUCAUAUUUUUAUUUUAAUUUAAUAAUAUUUUAUAUAA